UGGCAGCGCCCAUGGUGUGAGAGUUGGUUUGUUUUGGCCGAAUGAAUUCACAAUGGGUUCUCUUGGUUCUCUGAGGUCCUCUGUUGUAAAACUUGAACUGACUUUAGCUGUGAUUAAACCAGACAUAGUUGCCCAUCCUCAUAGACACUAUGCAAUUAAAGAUAUUAUCUUAUCAAACAACUUUUACUUUAUCCGAUCAAAAGUGCUAAAAUGGAAUAGAGACAGAGCCCAAGAGUUUUAUAGAGAACAUAAAGGUAAAUUUUUUUACAAUCGCCUUGUAGAGUUCAUGUCAAGUGGACCCAUGAGUGCUCACAUCCUGGCAAGAGAAGGUGCUAUAGCACACUGGCGAAAAUUAAUGGGACCAACCAAAACUUUCCA